CAAUGAGCAGCGUUGUGAGGGCUUCAUCGUCCAAUCAGAAGCCUCGGAGCCCUCAGUGACUGUGUGUGUGUGUGAGGAGGCGGUGGACGGUUAGUUGAUCUCUUCAGAGGGAAGCAGACAGUCUGCUGAUCUUCACGAUGCAGUUCAUGCUCCUGUUCAGUCGACAAGGAAAGCUGCGGCUUCAGAAGUGGUACGUGCCUUUGUCUGAUAAGGAGAAAAAGAAGAUCACCAGGGAGUUGGUACAGACGGUCCUGGCUCGAAAGCCCAAAAUGUGCAGUUUUCUGGAGUGGAGAGACCUCAAAGUUGUUUAUAAGAGAUAUGCCAGCCUGUACUUCUGCUGUGCCAUCGAGGACCAGGACAACGAGCUCAUCACUCUGGAGAUCAUCCACAGAUAUGUGGAGCUGCUGGACAAAUACUUUGGCAGUGUUUGUGAGCUGGACAUUAUCUUCAACUUUGAGAAGGCGUACUUCAUCCUGGAUGAGUUCUUGCUGGGCGGAGAAGCUCAGGAGACGUCUAAAAAGAACGUGUUGAAGGCCAUCGAGCAGGCUGACUUGCUCCAGGAGAAUAUAGACUUUCAGAUGCGCCUGUUUGCAGGUGUGAUGGUCCCAAAUAUGGUCUCUGAGUCCUCUGGUCUUUUCCAGAAUUAGACCUGCUGAGCCCCGUCAUGAGUACUUUAAUGUGCCUGUGUACUGAUUGGCUGCCAUCGCUGCUGCUGCUGAUGCUGAUGCUGCUGCUGCUAUCCACCUGCAUGCUGAGCUCCUCAGUGCGCCUUUCUGUCUCUGAGUACCAUCAUUGGUUCAUUGGUCCAAGGGUUCAUUGGUCCAAGGGUUCAUUGGUCCAAUGGUCAAAUGGUCCAUUGGUUAAUUGUUCUAAUGGUCCAAUGGUCCAAUGGUCCAUUGGUUAAUUGUUCUAAUGGUCCAAUGGUCCAAUGGUCCAAUGGUCCAUUGGUCCAAUGGUCCAUUGAUCCAUUGGUCCAUUGGUUCAUUAGGGGUGUAACAGUAUUCUAGACUCACUAUUUAACUCCGUAAGUGUCAAUUCAUUUAGUAAUUUACAGUAAAUGAUGAAAACAUUUAUUAGACAUUUCUAUUGGAGAUUUAUAUCCUGUUUCUGAGGAUUGAAAAUCCAUUUAUACUGAAGUUAGUCAUCAAUAUGUUUAUUGAUUAUAUGUAAUAUAUUAUUUAGUGGUGAUAUAUAUUGUUACGUGCCUGUCAUUCGUCCAUUUAUUAUUGGUUUCAUUGCACCAGUUCCAUCUCUUUAUUAUUACCACUGUAAAAAAAACAGGUGGUUGUUCUUCUAUGUUUCUUUGGUAUUGCCACUCUAAAUAUUUAUGGGUAACGUUUGCCAGCUGUGGUGCACAGAUGUGUCUGACUGUGUCGAAGUACUCAGCACGCCUUCAAGGUAUUUAAAUGUAAAAACACCAGAUCACAAAAUCUGAUCUGAUCUGAGUUCUGCUGUUACUUCAACACAGAUUCCUGUUUGUUGUUUCCAAGAGGUGUUCAUCAAUCAGUGUUAUAGUUCAUAUUUUUAUUGGUUCCGUCAUUGGUCUCGUUUCUUUAUCAGUUUUGUUUUCUCAUUUUAAACCGUAUGUAUUUGCGUUGUAGGUUUGGUAUACUGUAGGUCCUUGCUGUGAUUUCUAGUUAUUGUUUUUAAAUCAGAACAAACCGUAGCACACACUAGAAGACCUCAUAGCUUUUUAACAUUUAUGUUAUUUUAAAAAUCUUUUAAAUUAUUUAUAGACCCUAAUUAUUUCCUAUUUAAUUAAAUAGCAAAAAACGCGCUCUGAAGGUAAGUGGUAUUAGUGGGAUUAAUGCUAAAUAAAUACUUUAUCUUUGCACUGAUUAACUACUGUAAGAUAAUAAUAAUAAUAGACAUUUAAACACAACACUUUAUAAUAACCAUCAUUUAUAAAUGGUAAAAUAAUUGAUAAUUAAACUUAGUUAAUAGUUAUUUUAGUGUUAAAAAACAAUGAAAUUAUAAUUAAUCAUGUUUACUAAACAAUAGUAAUGUUAUAAUUUCUGUUAUUUCAUCAGUAGUUUGUGUAAUAUGAAAUAAUUAGUUUAUAAAUUAUAUAUUGUAUCAUAGCUAAUAAGAAAUGAUAACAAUCGCAUUAUGAUUACAUUAUUAAACUAUUUAUCAGCUUAUUGUUGCACAUAUAACAUUUUAUAUACUAUAUUAAUUAUUUGUUAUUGAUUAUCAAAUGAUGUGUAAACCUUUAAGGAACUAUUUUUAAACAUCUAUAAACAUUAAAUAGAUAGAUGGACCAGAAACUAAUUAUUAAACAUUAAAAAAAUAUUAACUAUCUAUCUAAAUAAUGUUUUUGGUGCUUUAGAAAAUAUUUUUUAACCAUUUAACAAG